GGCCGUGUAAUAGCCCAUAAAUCAUUGGGACUAAUGAAUGCACACAGAGACCAAAUUUUGACACACCCAAAACCAAGAACGGUGAAAGAACUUCUUUCUUUUCUUGGCCUGACAGGCUACAGCAGACAGUUUAUUCCAAACUAUGCAGGAAGGACGGUUCCCUUACGGGAUCUGAUUAAACAGGUGGGGGUUCGAAACCUUAAGGCUGAAUUGCCAUGGACGCUCGACACUGAAGCCGCGUUCAUUUCAUUGAAACAAGACUUGUCAAGGGCCUCAGAUUUGGCCACACCUAAUUAUGAUGAGCCAUUUUACUUGGAUAUUUCUGAAACACUUGGAAUAAUAAAUGGUGUGUUGUUUCAGAAAAAAGAGGGAGGAAGACAGGUACUUAUGUAUGUCAGCAUAAGAUUGAGCCCAACAGAAGCAAGGCAUCCUACAUGCACACAGCAUGCAGCAGGGGUUGCCAAAAUAAUACAGAAAACAGCACAUGUGGUGAGACAACACCCACUAAAAGUUCUGACUACACAUAGUGUGGUGGCAUAUGUGAACUCGCAGGCGUUCACCAUGACCUCAUUAGCACAACAGAGGUUGAGUAAAGUUCUAGAUGCUCCAAAUCUGACAUUUACACAUGAAGGAAUUAAUAUGGCAGAUUUAAUGGGAGCAGGGGAACCUCAUGAUUGUACUAAGAAAGCAGAACUUGAAGGGAAAGUCAGGGAAGACUUAAAAGCAGAACCUAUUCCUGGAGCUGAGGAUUGGUUCACAGAUGGCUGCUGCCAUCGGGAUGAAGAGGGACUGAAAGCAGGCUAUGCUAUAGUCUGCAAACAAGGAACUGAAUUUGAGGUAAAAGAAGCAGGGAGAAUUGAGGGACAACAGUCUGCUCAGAGAGCAGAAGUCAUUGCACUGAGUAGGGCCUUGAGAUUGGCCAAAGACAAAAGAGUGAACAUUUAUACUGAUUCAGCCUAUGCUUUUGGAGCAGCCCAUGUGGAACUCCAGCAGUGGAAGAGAGCAGGCUUCCAAACAGCAACAAAUGCUCCUAUUUGCCACAGGAAGGAAAUGGAGGAACUGGAGAGGGCCCUGCACGACCCAAGUGAGGUGAGCAUUAUCAAAUGUAAAGGACACUCUCAGGCAAAUACCAUGGUUGCAAGAGGAAAUCAGAAAGCGGAUGAAGCCGCAAAGGAAGCAGCAGGCUAUAAAGGACGACAGCAAAUGGUGCAGGUAAUUGCUGAAGAGGAGGCAGGCAUCAAUAUGUUGGAGGAGGCCAGACAGGCCCAAGAGGAGGCUUCUCUGGAGGAGAAAGAGGUGUGGCAGAGCAAAGGAGCCCGAAAAGAGGGUGGUCUUUGGAGAGGAGCCACGCUGGACGGGUCCUUAUGAGGUCGU